AUGGCGUUGGCGACGUUUGGCGGCGGCGGCGGCGGCGGCGGCCAUAAGGGCAAAGGCGGCGGCGGCGGCGGAGGAAGCUACUACAAAGUGAUUGGCUCCUUCGGCGGCUACGACCACGGAGGCUACGGCCAUGGUGGCUACGCCCCGAUUCACGGCGGCUACGCCCCGAUUCACGGCGGCUACGCCCCGAGCCACGGCGCCGGCUACGGCCUGGGCCACGGCGUCGGCUACGGCCUGGGCCACGUCACCUACGCCCCGACCCACGGCGUAGGCUACGGUCUGGGCCACGGCGCCGGGUACGGCCAUGGCGGCUACGGCGGCCAGAAGGGCUACGGCGUUCAGAAGGGCUACCACACGGUCAUCAUUGAAGAGAUCAAGGGCGGCCAGGGAGGUGGCAAGGGAGGCCACAAGGGAGGAAAGGGAGGAAAGGGCGGCGGAUUUGGUGAGGGUCACGAGUUUGUCGGUCUGCUCCGCCCCAAGGUGCAUCAUUACCACAGCUAUGGAGCUCCCAUUGUAGCCGGAUAUGGACACGGUGGUGGAUUCAGCGGUGGAUAUGGCGCUGGCCACGGAGUUGGAUAUGGUGGAUUUCCCGUUGGACAUGGCGGAUUUGCCCCUGGAUAUGGUGGACAUGUUGUGAGCCAGCCAAUUGUGUAUGGAGGCGACAGUUAUGGUGUUUAUUAGCCUCAUAAUUGGCAAUCUGUGCGUUUGCUGAUUGAGUCACAUUGUUGCCGUUAAUUGUUGGUGCUCAUUGCUCAUCACACUGUUAAUGUUUAUUUUGCCGUUAUGCUGUUGAAGUGUCAGUGCGUCUCUG